AUGGCCGACAAACUCCGCAACCAACAAGAACUCGAGCGCCUCCAGGCCAAGUACAUCGGCACGGGACACCCGGACACAACCAGCUGGGAGUGGAAGACCAACAUCCACCGCGACACAUACUCGAGCAUCGCCGGGCACCCGCCACUACUGUCCUACAUCGCGCUAGCGGAGAACGAACCCGUCGCCAAAGUGCGCGUUCAGAUGAUUCGGAAAAUGCUGCAGCCCGCUGGGCCACCGCCGCCCCGUGAGGGCGAAGAGGGGGUUGUGGCGCCUCGACAGGAUGCGUCAUGA